CCGGGGCGGGGCCGUGUCCGUCCGUCCGUCCGUCCGUCCGUGCGAGCGGCGCGCUCCGGAGCGGUGCGGCCCCGCGGGGAGCGCGGCGCGAUGGCGGCCGGCGGCUACGGGCGGUACCGGGCCGUGAUCUUCGCGGCCAUGUUCGUGGGCUACACGCUCUAUUACUUCAACCGCAAAACCUUCUCGUUCGUCAUGCCCGCCGUCAUGGCCGAGGUGCCGCUGGGGAAGGACGACCUGGGUCUUAUCACCAGCAGCCAGUCUGCAGCCUACGCCAUCAGCAAGUUCAUCAGCGGCGUCCUCUCGGACCAGAUGAGCGCCCGCUGGCUCUUCUCCUCCGGCCUCCUCAUGGUGGGCUUGGUGAACGUGGUCUUCUCCUGGAGCUCCACCGUCAUGGCCUUCGCCGGGCUCUGGUUCCUCAACGGCCUGGCCCAGGGGCUGGGCUGGCCGCCCUGCGGGAAGAUCCUGCGCAAGUGGUUUGAGCCUUCCCAGUUUGGGACUUGGUGGGCAAUCCUGUCUACAAGCAUGAACUUGGCUGGAGGCUUGGGCCCCAUUGUCGCUGCUCUUGUGUCUAUGAACUACGAUUGGCGCAAGACUUUGUCCUUCUCUGGCUUCACCUGCAUGGUUGUCUCUUUUGUUUGCCUUGUCCUGAUUAAAAACGAGCCGGCCGAUGUUGGGCUGCCCAACAUUGAACAAGGAGCCAAGAAAGGGAAGAAAGGUUCCUCCAGUGACAACAGCACCUUGACAGAGCUGCUGCUCUCACCAUACCUUUGGGUGCUCUCAACAGGCUACCUGGUCGUUUUUGGAGUGAAAACGUGCUGUACUGAUUGGGGACAGCUCUUCCUGAUCCAGGAGAGGGGACAGUCCAUGCUUGUAGGCAGUUCCUACAUGAGUGCCUUGGAGAUUGGGGGCCUGGUGGGAAGCAUUGCUGCUGGAUACCUUUCUGAUAGAGCAGUAGCAAAAGUGGGCCUGUCGAGCUAUGGGAACCCUCGGCACGCGCUCCUGCUUUCCAUGAUGGCUGGGAUGUGCGUGUCCAUGUUUCUCUUUCGGAUUACGGUCACAGGUGACUCUCCCAAGGAAAACCACUUCUGGACUGUAGCCUUGCAACCUCUAGCUGAUCUUACAGGCCUAAAAGAACAUGAGCUGUGGAUUCUGACUCUGGGAGCUGUGUUUGGGUUCUCCUCGUAUGGGCCGAUUGCCCUGUUUGGGGUCAUAGCCAAUGAAAGUGCCCCUGCCAACCUGUGUGGCACCUCCCACGCCAUAGUGGCCCUCAUGGCCAAUGUUGGGGGUUUCCUGGCUGGACUGCCUUUCAGCACAAUCGCCAAGCACUACAGCUGGGCCACAGCCUUCUGGGUAGCUGAAGUCACCUGCAUCGCUAGCACAGUGGCUUUCUUCUUGCUACGAAACAUCCGCACCAAGAUGGGCCGGAUUUCCAAGAAGGCUGACUGAGGAUAAGCUGCUUGGUGGAAAGGAUGUUCCCACACUGACGUGAAUGAUGCUCGUUUUUGUUUAACUGGCCUAGGAGUGAGUUUACCUAUUGCUGCAACCUAGAUAAAAAUGUCUCAACUUCUCAUCCAGUGUCAGGUGCCAGAGGGCACAAGGUUCCUGCUACUGAUCACUUUUUCCCUCAAGAUGUGAUAAUUCACCUAGUUUACAUUUGCAAUGAUUUUACUGUACCUCUUCCUCACAGCACUGUUAGUGAAGCAAGCAGGCUCUGCAGCCCAAGCUUCCCCACUACAAGCAGUCUGAAAUGAUUGGCUUCAGGUACACUUACCUCUAGUUUUGUCAUUAUUGUUUGUCUUAGCCAUUAACUGAGACAUUAAUCAGUUCAGCUUUGCUGCUCAGGGGCCUUGAACCGAGCCUUUGCUGCCUGUGUCUGUCCCAUCCAGCUGCCGUAAGCACAGCUGUCCCACGUCACUGCAGCACGAGCUCUGCGUGUGCUCAGCCGCAUGACAGCAGCAGAUCAGGGGAUGGUGACAACUGCAGUCCAGCCUGCUUUGACAGCAGCAAGGCUUCAGCUCUGCAUGGGGUUAGUUUCUAGGGGUGAGGGAGUGUUGCCGCAGACAAGGGAACAGCAGGACAAGUUGUGGCAGGGCUCUCCGCAGCUUUUAGAAACAGGCAUGCUUCCAGGGAAUUCAUGGCGUUUGGAAGCUCCUUCUAAGUGAACUGAUCCCGCCUGGUGCGAUGUCUGUGUGCAGUGUUAAUAAUUUGCAAGGGAGGCAGCUGCUGCCAAGGCAGCUUGUAGCCAGUGCUCUGCAAAUCAGCCAGGGAAACUAUCCCAGGAAUUGCAACAGCAGCCACCACCAACCCACGAUUUCUGCAGCUGGGUUUCUUGAUAACCCACAUUUUUAGCAUUGGCUUGUAUUUUUUCAGUACAAGGUGUGAAGACUGGGAUAGUUUUGGCCAAGAGUUGUGUCCCUCAUGGCUGCAGGCAGGGGCUCAGGCUGCCUCUGAGUCAGCCUUAGCAGAGCCAUCACUGAGAGCCCCAGCAGUCAGGCCCAGCACUCUGCACUAAGUACACUCAGGUAUUUAACCAGGAAUUUGUUGAAUAUUCUGGUUUUUCCCCAAAAGGAUUUACUGUCUUAGGAUCCUGAAAGAGGCAAAUUCAACUCGUAAAGAACCUGCAUGCAGGUACUUUGCUGGGUACCUUGAUUGCAAGAGUAGUUAGCUAGCCUUAAUUAGAUAAAUGAACGUGAAUUACAUUUUGUACUUAAUUACGUGAUCUUCUUCUAUAUCUGAAAUAAAAAUGGAGCAGUGUCACAAGGA